AUGUCUUCACCCCUCCAUCAUCCGCCCAAGCCCUCGCUCCGGGAGCUGGCUGCCUGCGGCAUAGCCCACGGGGCGAGGGAGAUGGUGCUGGGUACCGUGGGGAAGGCGACGAUAUUGCCGAUCCCUCCCGAACUCCGAGACCUCACCCUGCGCUUCGGGGCGGCCGUUUGGAAGCGGGACACGGAGGACCCGCAGAGGAAGCUCGUCCUGCUCAAGUACUUGGAUGGCAACUACACCAACUACAUGCCGGGACGAACUCGGUUCCAUGAGUUGGACUUCUCCCUGGAGAUCCUGAACACCAGCCGGCAAGACAGGCAGCUCUACGAGUACAUCGUCAGCAAGGGCUCGGAGGAAAAAGUCUGGCAGAUACAGCUGGAGGUGUACGAGCCGGUGUCCCAUCCCAGCAUCCAGAUCCUCAGUUGGGCGCUGGCCAACGGCAGCUGCACCGUCACCCUCAACUGCACGGCCGAGCGAGGGGACAACGUCUCCUACAGAUGGGGCAGGGGGGACAACAGAAACUCCGGGCUCUGCACCCACAACGGCAGCAUCCUGCACCUCUCCUACCCUCUGCACAACGCGAGCAUCGCCUGCGCCUGCACGGUCAGCAACCCUGUCAGCAGCCGGGUCGUCGCCUUCAACACCUCCGAGUGCAGCUACCAGCACGGGGGCAGCGCCGGGCUGAGGAUGGAGCAUCUCGUGCUGCUGGUGGUGGUACCCAUCGUCGUAGUGAUGGUGCUCACCGGGGUCUUCGUGGCCACCCAUUCGGCCAUGCCCAUCGCCGGGCAGGAGCACUCGCCGCUUGCCGAGGACACCGCGGUUCACACCAUCUACUCCCAAGUACAGCGGGUGGAG